ACACUGGUGACGCACACAAGAGUUCCGGAUGCUGGUUUUAUUCGUCAUGGCUUCCUCAGCCGGUGACGGGACUCUGAAGCCGCUGCAGAGAGCGAUGAAAUUAGCCAACAGAGCCAUCCAGCUGGACACCGGGCACCGGCCCCGGGACGCCUACGUGGAGUACCUGAAGACUGUAAAUUUCAUCUCCCGAACCCUGGCAGAGGAAGCUGAAGAGACAGCUGCAGUAAAUGAAGGCCUGGGCCCAGACUCACAGAAGAUGCUGAAGCUGGCGGAGCAGUGUCUGGAGAGGGCUCGGACCACCGCUGACAAACUGGGUAAACCAGAUGUCAACUUACCGUCACCGGAAAAUCUUGUUUCUGAAGUCCCCGAUCCUCCACCAGCUCUGAAACCUACAAGUACUACGUCCAUUUUUACCCCAUCUACCUCCAGGACGUCACGGGCGUCACUUAGCCGUCAGUAUGGGCACCGACGAGCUUGUUCAGAUGAGGUUCGGAAAGUCGAUGCCUUUCCGACACCAGAGGUUUUUCAGAUGCUGAGGGCAGCCGAAGUCCAGAGCUCCAGAAAGGAGCUCACGCCCUUGGAAGAGGCGUCCAUACAAAACCAGAAGCUCAGGGCAGCAUAUGAAGUCCGACUGGCACGACUGGACCCGAGGCAGGCCUCUCAGAAGACCUCACUGACGCUGUCACUGCAGAGACAGAUGAUGGAGAACCUGGUAAUAGCCAAGGCCAGGGAAGAGACUCUGCAGAGGAAAGCAGAGGAGCGCCGGCUGCGGCUGCAGGAAGAGUCAAACAGACGCUUCUCCAAAAACAAGCAGAUGACCCCGGCGGAAGAAGAGCAGAAGACGCUGUACACUGCCGUGCUGGAAUAUGAGCAGGACUAUGAAUGGCCCAAAGAGUAUCUGGAGAGGAUUAAGAGCAACCCGAGUGACUCUGACUUAGUUUCCAGCUAUGUCUGCCAGAUCCUCAGCACCUCCGAUCAUCCGAUUGCCAAACUAGUCCUCCAUCUCCAGUGCCAGAUCUACAGCCGCCUGUAUCCCGUCAUCAGUAAAGACGCCUCUCAGGAAACCUCCAAAAUGUUCCGCCAUUCUCUUCCACCAGACCCAUCCCCUUUAUCAGCCCUCAGCGCCUCACAGCUGAAAUCCUCAAAGAGUUUCCACUGCCUCCCCGGACCUCCCCGCUCCUCCAUACCGCACAGCCGCUCUAUAGGAGAGGGGCUGGAAAGCUGGGAAAACCCUGGCAGCCCCCAACCUGACCGAGGACACAGCGGGACAGACAUGGAGAACUCUUUCGAGGAUUUGGAAAGUUUACUGUCCCCUACAUCACUGACGCUGCCGGCUGCGCUGCAGAGACUGAACGCGGCACAGCACUUACACGUCGUGGUGAAAGAGAUCCACAAUGCCAGAGACCGGCUGCUGUCGUCCGCCAUGUUCUCACUGAACCUCCCUUCAAGCCCACAAGUGAAGGAAGCCUGCCGGGAGUGUCUAGAGGACGGCUUCUUCCCCCCGCUGUGGUCUGCGCUGCUCGCUCUGUACAGACAGGUGUUGCUUGCCCGGGAGGAAUCUUUGCUCCAGGUCAUGGAUUUGUACAGCUUCGCUUCACCAUCUGUGCUGGGGGUCUCCAAAAAGCUGUACCCUGAAGAUGUAAAACAACCGUACAGAGCUGCGGUGGAAGAACUAGAAUAUCUGCCGCAUCAGCGCACUCCGCAACGAAAACUGGAGUGUAUCGUGAGGACCCUACGUGUCAUCUGUGAGUGCGCAGAAGAAUAUGUCUCCACCCCGGGGACUGCCGCCAUUGGCGCCGACGACCUCCUGCCCAUCCUGGCAUUUGUAGUGCUGAAAAGCCGCAUGUCUCACUUGCUGUCGGAGUGCGCGGCGCUGGAGGAGUUCAUACAAGAGGGAUAUCUGAUUGGAGAGGAGGGUUACUGCCUGACCUCCCUGCAGAGUGCCCUGGCCUAUCUGGAGACGCUCCCUGUGCCCCCCUCACCCCCGCCUGUCUGACGAGGGACCACACGGAGAAACCACCUACGUUACAAGCUGCAUCUGUCCUGUGGAUGGAUCUCGCAUUAUUAUGCACCUUACCUGUGUACAUGAAGUCAACCACUGGUCGUCCUCCCAUGAAUGUGAAACAGCAUAAAUAGAUAUAUCUCUGGGGACAUCUUUACAGACCUUCCUAAUACAGAUGUCUCAGAAACCAAUAUGGCCUCUUUUACAGCUCCGGCAUGGCUUGUCUCCUAACUUUCUUGCGCUCCUGAUGGAUGCCCUGAUAUUUCAGGAGAGCUGGGUGAUGGCCGCUUUCAGCGCUGUAAUGGCGGGCAUGCUGACAGAGCUGUAAUCCUGCUCAUUCAGCUGUUACUGGAAAAGCUGGGUGUCCGCCAGUAUGGCCGUAGUACUUGUCACCCCAGCUUUCCCAAUCCUCUUCCCGAUGCAGUGAUAUGGGGGGGUAGGGGAUCCAUCAGGAGCUUGGUUCGGCCAUGCAGGAGCUGGGUUGGGAGCCAUAUUGGAAGGGAUAGAACUAAGAAAAAGCUACUGGAAAUGGGCAAAUCAAGGACCUGCAUUUCCUGGGGAUUUGCUGAUUUUUGGGAGGGAAUGAUCUUUACUGGUGAAGAUACAUUGAAGGUGCCACUGACUGGGCUCGGAGCAUGAUCUAUGGGGCUGUUCUGAUGAGUAAUUAUAAUAUUGCACUAAAUUAUUUAUAUCUAAGAUUUUAUCAUUCAAACUACAGAUCUCGCCUUGCUGGGACUUUUUUGGCAGGUGUUCAACCUGCGGCUGCUGUGAAACUACAACUCCCAUCCUGCCAGCUAACUGCUGGAGCUCCACAAGUGGCAGAACAAUCAGCAACCUCCGGCUGUUCUGAAACUACAACUCCCAGAAUCCUCUCUUCACUUCUAUGGGAGUUGCAAGAACAGCCGAGUACGUGUGCAUGCUGGGAGUUGUAGUUUCACAGCAGCUGGAGUGCCGAAGGUUGCUGAUCCCUGCGUUAGAACAAGGAUCUCCAACCUGUGGUUCUUCAGCAGUUGCAAAACCGCAACUCCCGCCAUCCCCCAAUAGCCACAGGCUGUGAGGGCAUGAUGAGAGUUGGAGUUUUGCAACAGCUGAAUCUC